AUGGAGAAAGUGGGGCGCUCGAGCCGCAGCGGCGGAUGGAGAGACGCCUUCCUGAACCGCAGGAAGGGGGAGACUCGCUCGGCGUCCCGAGAAGCGAGUCGGGAGCCUCGGGAGCCGCGGGAGCCGCGCCAGCGGCCAGCAGUGGACUUUGAUGAGAAGGCCAUGCUAGAGCAAGACCAGGCGCGCAUCGACCAGCUCCUGCGCCGGGAGACGCGGAACGCGAGCGGCGGAACGGCGCGGCCGCCGGUGAAGAAGCCCCCAGCACCGCCCAAGGUGACCCCCUACAAAUUCCGCUCCGACACGGCGCCCCCGUCCCCCAGCAGCACCACCUCUGAGCGAAACUCCCCAGAGGCCGCAGUGCCGGAUGACCUCUCGAGUCUCAUGGAUGCGAUUUCCGCCGGGUAUGUGGACUACAGCCACAUGGCUGGGAAGGUCACCGUGGCCGACGUGUCGCAUCUGAAGUUCGAUGCGAAGCCUGGAUGUGAAGGAGACUGCUGCAUCAAGGGUGGCUACGUGCGUGGUGCGGAGCGCUGGGUGGUGAAGGUUGCGAGCGGUUGGCCCAACAACACAGCCCUGGGACUCUCCAACUCCCAGGGAGUGAUGCUGGUUUUCUCCCAGACCAGCGGCGUGCUGGAGGAUGGCGGCUACCUCACGGACCUGCGGACCGCCCUGGCGGCCUCGCUCUGCGUGCGAUCCUUCGCGCCUCAAGGCGCCAAAGUCGUGGCCCUGGUGGGGACGGGGGUGAUCGCCUCGCUGCUGGUGCAGCAGCUGCCGAAAAUCCUCCCUGAGGUGAUUGGGAUCCGCGGCACCAAGGGCUCCCUGAUCACUGAGGCCACGCUCCUGGUGGCUUCGCGAAGCCGCGAGGCAGCUGAGAAGCUCCUGGCGGCCGCGAGCGGAUGGGCAGAGAGGCGAGCCGUGGAGCUUGCGGAGGCCGCCGAUCUCGCGGACGUCUUGGUGACUUGCACUCCCUCAUCGCAGCCGCUGAUCUCUCGCCUGAAACCUGGUCAGCUCAUUGUGGCGCUGGGCGCCGAUGCGAAGGGGAAACGAGAGCUGGGGCCCCAAGUCUUUGCAGGAAAUCCCGUGGUGCUGGCAGACUCCAAGACUCAGUGCCUUAGCUUUGGGGAGUGUGCCUCUGCCGUGAAGGAUGGAGUGCUUGCUGCGGAUUCCGUGGCGGAGCUGGGGUCGUACCUGGCCUCCGGCGGAGCUCGAGCGUCAGCCGAACGUAGCGUGGUGGUGGACCUCACAGGGGUGGCAGUUCAGGAUGUGGUCAUCGCAUCCAUGGUACUCGAUGCGGUCGAUGCUUCGCAGUCAUCUUGCUGCAUCUCCUAG